AUGACUUGUAAUUGUGCUUUAAUGAAAGAUGAAAUUAUAUACCGUCAUUCUCUAUAUGUUGGAUCGUUUCCUGUUGAUGAGCAGGACAAUAAAUGCAGAGCUCAAAAAGUCCAAAAGGAACUUGAAUCAUUACGAUGCUUUACACGUAGCAAGUCUGUGAUCGUAUGUGUUUCCAUUAGUGGCAUAAAAAUAUGUUCAGAUGAUCUGAAAAUUGUUUAUAUGGCCCAUGCUCUUCGCAGAAUAUCAUAUGCUACCUGUGAUGCCGUCCACAAACAAGUUGCAUUUUUGGCGAGGGAACCAUCAGGGUUUGGUAAUCUACAGUAUUGCCAUGUGUUUGUGACGGAAUCGCCGUGUGAUGCAGAGGAAUUAAAUCGGCUGAUUGGAAACGCCUUCAAAUUUGCCUAUGUUCGACAGCGCCUUAUUAAGCUUCAUCAAACUGGAAAACAUGAUUUUUCCACUCCCGUAAAUAUACCUCAACUUAGUGAUUGUCAUCCUGUUUGGCUUCCUCAAACUGAACGAAAUCCCAAUAGUCUUUCUUUGUUAAGCACUCUUAAACUCCCCCCACCUCCAAAGUUCCCUCCCCCGGUUUUAUUCGAAAAUGGAACUACAGCCGAACGGCAAACUAAUCUGUCGUCUCCUGGCAUUCAUUACACCAAUGCAAAUGUUAUCUCAGCAUGUAAUGAUCCUGUCGCUAGUACUAGCACUAUUAUGUCUACUUUCUGCCAUGAUUCACUCGAAUCAUCUACUGUAAAUAUGUACAAAAAAGACAUUGUUAAACAUGAAUCUUUACCUGUGACAGUGGAAAAUCCAACAACUUCAUCUUCUUCGUCAGAUAACGAUCCUAACCAACUUUCUGUUCAUUCAGAUUCUGUACUAGUCAGAGAUAAAGAAGGACUAAACAAUAAAAGUCAGUCUAAUAAAGAUGCUAGUGAACUGGAGAAAAAACUUCACCGCAUUUCGACUCCACAGGCCAUAGAUUUAGCGUUCUUACGUCGUCAUUUUCUUCGACGAAGCGAGGGCAAAGGAUCUGAAAACUCCAAAAAUGUCUGUGGUGGUAGUGCCAGGCAACCCCGCUUACGCCAAGGUUCAACUCUCUCAAAUCUCCUGUCGUCUGCACGGCAUAGUUCAUUUUUUCCUAGCUCUUCUAGUUGUGUUAUUGACAGUACAAAUAUCCUCCCUAAAACUUCACAAUCACAAGAAACUUCGGAUUUGUCUGAUAUGCUGAACACUCCUAACCCCACUCGCAGACCACCCAUAUUUGUGGAUCUUCGUACUUUUGCUGGAGGAAGUCCAGUUGUUGCACUAAAAGAACGUUUGGAUGCUCAAGCUAUUGCAGAUGCUAAGGCAUCUGCUUUUGCCGAGGCUGCGGCUGUCCUUGCAGCUGCAAAACAGGUGUCAUCCAAGUCCUUAGCUCCUUUGCAGCCAGCCACGAACAAUACCUCAAGAAAUGUAGAACAACUGACUAAACCAACAACGUGUCCUUUUACCAGUCGUACUCCGAACUCGUCAUCCAGUGGAAAUUCAUCAUCGGUAGAAACUUCCGAUUUAUCUCCACCUAUACCACCAGUCAGAAUGCAUUCACUCAGAAGAAGUCAUGAACAAUAUAACUCAAAGAAUUUUUCACCUCAUUUAUCAACUUCCAGUCCUGUACCUGAAGAUCUAUUUAAUGAAUUAGAUAAAGACGAAGAUCGUGAAAUUGUUGAGUCAAUCGAAGCUGUUAUGAAAGCAGCAUCAUAUGAUUCAAAUAGUCCAAAAGAAACAAAACCAAAGCAUCAAAAUACAGAAUGCAGUCCUUCCAACAUUGCUUCAUAUCGUAACACUACUUUAUUGAUUGAUGUUCCUGAUGUACCUUGUCAUUCAAAGGAUUUCAAGCAGCAAUAUAUGGAUGGUUCAAGGAGUUCCCAACCUAGUGUUUACAAGCAAACUCAAAAUAAUACUAGAUCAACAGAAUUUCAUGGAAAUAUACAUGGCUCUUCUGAAAACUCUUAUCUUCUUGGUAAUAUCGGCUCUCAGCCUCAACCACAGUAUCCUUUUGAACAGCUUACUGAACUCAAUCGAAAUGAUACCCAACAAGAAAAACCUCAUUCAUAUACACCUGAUAUGAAUUUUAUUAGUUCUUCUUUACAUAAUCCACUGCAAGUUUUGGCCGAUACAACAUUUCAAGAUACACAUCGAAAGCAAAUGUUUCCUUCAACCGUAUCUAGCAAUGUUCAUGUUAUGCCCACACCAGGAAUGAUAAUGUCAACGUCAUCACUUUCAACAGAGACUCCAACACCGACUGCUACUCCUACACCAACUCCUGAACAAACCUCUCAGUUUCAGGGAUGUAAUAAAAAUGCUGGUGAUAGUGAUAAUUCUUUGAAUCAAGCGCCUUGGUUUCAAGCUAUGCUACCCAGAGAAAUAGCAUUUGAAUUGCUCGCUAAAGAAGAGGUUGGCAGCUUUUUAGUUCGCAACAGCGCUACUCAUCCUGGUUGUUGUGCUUUAUCUGUUCGAGUGCCAAAUAAAGAUAAUCCGAUAGGAAUAACCCAUUACUUGAUACAAAAAACGAAUCGAGGCGUUCGGUUAAAGGGUUUGGACAAGGAGUGGCCAUCCCUACAAGCUCUUGUUACUCAUUUGACUGUCAUUCCAGAGAUGCUUCCAUGCCCUCUCAAGCUUCCACAAUAUACUGCUAAUCCAGUCUUUACACAGUUUGAUCUGCAAUUGACAAAUGGCCCAUCAAACGAAAUUCCCAAGCAACAUCGUAACUAUAGCAUCAAAUCAUCACAAACAGAAGUGGAUGAAAGUAAUCGUGUCACUAAUUCAGACUUAUCUAGUCACCAUCCCCAGCGUACACUUCAUUCAGUUGCAGAUCUUCCUUGUAGACCAGUCCUACCAUCAUGUGCUACUAUUUCUCAUUUCAGCCCUGCUAAUCCUUUGGAUCAAAACUUAUCAUCCCACAACAUGAUAGCAAAUGAUCCACCUGUACUUGGCAGUUAUCAAGUAUCAAAUUUAUCACAAUGCAAAUCACAAAUACCUAAUUGGUUAAUGAAUCAAUUGAAUAAUGAUAAUAAUCAUUCGUCAACUAAAAAUUCAGCAGACAGUUCAAAUCAAAUAUCAUUGAAAGCAGAUUCUAUCCAUUGGAAGCAAAACUCCGUAGAUUUAGCAUGUAUUUCUCAGUCUGAGUACAUAGAUGAACAACGGUUUAUGAAUGAAACUAAUAACAGAAAUAAUCGAAAAUUAAGUUAUACAACAAAUGAUUUAUCAAAAAAUAAUGCUUGUUUAUUGCUAGAUUACGCUGAAGAAGAUGAAGAUUAUCAACGUUUGUCCGAUUUUUCUUCCAUAUUGGCUGAUUUAAAUAUUGUGCAUGAAAGACCUUUGACUAGUUGUUAG